CUGUAUUAAACUUUUAUACACAAGUAAGGAAAUGAAUAAGUAAAUUGAAAAUUUUCAUCGACCCAAGUGAGAAGUCGUAACAAAUAACUCAAAAUCUGGCUAAAAGUCAAUUUUUGUCUGAGAAUUUGACAACUGAACAAUUACAAGAUUAAAUGUAUGUAGUGCUGCUAAAAAGCAGAUGACUCCAAAAUUAGAGCAAAUAACUGAGACAUCUGCAUAAUGCAGUCUUCUUUAGUAUUAGUCCUUUUUGGCGAGAAAUUUGUUUGGCUACAUUUUGGAGCGAUAAAUGUAAAAUGAUGAUAACCUUGGUAAACCUAAAUACUGAGCUGAAAAACAUGCCGCCAUUUCUGUCCACGUAACUUUAACGAAUUUGAUACUGAAAUUGAUUGGAAAGCGUAUAUGCAAGAAGUAGAAGGUGUAAUUAAUGGUACUUUGGAUUAUCAGCAUUUAAAAGGUGAUACUGGACCUUUAGUGUAUCCGGCUGGUUUUGUGUAUGUAUACUUAAUAUUUUAUGCUUUGACCCAAAGAGGAACAAAUAUUCUUAUUGCUCAGCAUAUAUUUGCAAUAUUGUACUUAGCAACUUUAUAUAUUGUAUUCCGGCUGUAUAUAAGAUCAAGACUUGUUCCUCCUUAUGCUUUGAUAUUUAUGUGUUGCACUUCAUAUAGAAUACAUUCUAUAUAUGUUCUUAGACUUUUUAACGAUUCAGUAGCUAUCUUCUUCCUGUUUGCAGCUCUGAAUUAUUUUGCAGACAAAAAAUGGAUGUGGGGCAGCAUUUUCUUUAGCUUUGCUGUUUCUGUUAAAAUGAAUGUUUUGUUAUUUGCUCCUGGACUUCUUUUUGUUCUACUGCAUUCAGUUGGAUUGCUUAACACUUUCUGUUGUAUUGCAGUUUGUGCAGUUGUUCAGGUUAUUGUUGGUCUUCCAUUUCUUAUUGCAAAUCCUGUUAGUUAUGUUUCUCGUGCCUUUGAUCUGGGAAGAAUAUUUUUGUAUCAGUGGACUGUGAACUGGCGAUUUUUGCCUGAAGAAGUAUUUAUAAGUCGCUAUUUUCAUUUCACCUUACUUUUUCUUCAUUUGGUUAUACUUGCUGUUUUUGCUCGAAAAUGGAUAAAGAACUUUGGACUUGGAGCAUUGAAAUCAGAAUCAAACGUUUUAUCCCUUGAUAAUUUACUCUUCAUCUUAUUUUCUUCAAAUUUCAUUGGAGUUGUUUUUAGCAGGUCAUUGCAUUAUCAGUUUUAUGUAUGGUAUUUUUUUACUCUUCCACAUUUGCUGUGGUCGACUAAUUACAAUCCAGUUGUUAAGCUUUGCAUUCUUGGAACUUUAGAAUUGUGCUGGAAUACAUAUCCUUCUACCAUACUCAGCAGUGGCCUUCUACAUAUUUGCCAUUUCUUAGUAUUGUGUAAAUUUAUACUUUAUCAACCACCUGUGGGUGAUAAGAAGUGCACAAAAUGUACAUAAAGAAUACUUGAGAGUGCUGCUAUGUUGUA